AUGGCUAGUGCUUUUGCGGCCGCGAGCCAGCGCGCCCUCGGGCGCCGCGCCUUCAGCUCCGAUGCGCUCCUGAAGACCAUGCUCUACGACCUGCACCUCGAGCGCGGCGGCAAGAUGGUGCCCUUCGCGGGCUACGAGCUGCCGGUGCAGUACGCGGGGAUCGGCGUCCUCAAGGAGCACAUGCACUGCCGGUCGCCGGGCAAGUCGUCGCUCUUCGACGUGUCCCACAUGGGCCAGAUCAAGUGGACGGGCGCGGACCGCGCCAAGUUCCUCGAGCGCGUCCGCCCGCGUCCCGCCUCGCGCGCCGCGACGGCCGUCGUCGGCGACGUCGCGGGCCUCGGCGACGGCGAGGGCCGCCUCACGCUGCUCACGAACGCCGAGGGCGGCAUCCUCGACGACUGCGUGCUCGCGAACGCCGGCGACUACGUCUACAUGGUCGUCAACGGCGCGUGCAAGGUCGGCGACAUGGCCCACCUCCAGGCCCUCCUCGACGCCUCGGGCAUGGACGUGCAGAUGCACUACCAGGGCGACGACGCGACGCUCGUGGCCCUCCAGGGCGCCGGCGCGCCGGGCGUGCUCCUGCCGCUGCUCCCCGACGGCUUCGACAUGACGCGCUUCGCGUUCAUGACGGGCGUCGACACGUCCGUGGGCGGCUACGCCUGCCGCGUGACGCGCUGCGGCUACACGGGCGAGGACGGCUUCGAGAUCGCCGUCGCGGACCCGGCGAACGGCGUCGCCGUCGCGGAGCUGCUCCUCGGCUCCGAGGGCUGCGAGCCCUGCGGCCUCGGCGCGCGCGACUCGCUGCGCCUCGAGGCGGGCCUCUGCCUCUACGGCCACGACCUCGACACGUCCGUGAACCCCAUCGAGGGCACGCUCCUCUGGACCAUCGGCCCCAAGGGCUCGCGCCGCCGCGUCGACCAGGGCACGCUCGGCAUGGAGCACUACCUCAACGCCAACGGCUCGCCGAAGAAGUUCGCGCGCAAGCGCGUCGGCUUCAUGGGCCACGCCAAGCCCGCGCGCGAGGGCACGGCCAUCUUCGACGCCGCGGGCGAGACGCAGGUCGGCGUCGUCACGUCCGGCACCGUGAGCCCGGUCCUCGGCAAGCCCAUCGCCAUGGGCUUCGUCGAGACGGCCCUCGCCAAGAAGGGCACGGACGUCACCUUCGACAUCCGCGGCAAGAAGAUCCCCUCCCAGGUCGCCCCGAUGCCCUUCGUCGAGCCCAACUACUACCGCGUGCCCGAGUAG